ACAUUUUCUUGUAAACCAACUCCUGGGGCUUAGGUCUUUGAUCAUAUAGAAACACUACUCUCUCUCUCUCUCUCUCUCUCGCCCUUUUCUGAUCUGCUUUUCUUUUUGACCUUUUGAAUAAACAAUUUUCAGCACUGAUUCUGGCCUGCCAUUGGCUGCAAUAUUGAGAGAGAGAGAGAGAGAGAUGGGGCACCAUUCCUGUUGCAACAAGCAGAAGGUGAAGAGAGGGCUAUGGUCACCAGAGGAAGAUGAGAAACUCAUUAACUACAUUACAACCUAUGGCCAUGGUUGUUGGAGCUCAGUCCCUAAACUUGCAGGCCUGCAGAGAUGUGGAAAGAGCUGCAGAUUAAGAUGGAUAAAUUACCUCAGACCAGACUUAAAACGUGGGAGUUUCUCUCCACAAGAAGCAGCUCUCAUCAUUGAACUCCAUAGUAUUCUAGGCAACAGAUGGGCACAGAUAGCAAAGCAUCUACCGGGGAGAACAGAUAAUGAGGUGAAGAACUUUUGGAAUUCAAGUAUCAAGAAGAAGCUUAUCUCUCAUGAUGUUCCACCUUUAGCAUCUUUCGCUGAUGUUCAUAAUUCUACUCCUCCAGAGGACGGUUUUAUCUCUCUAAACGCAAACCCUAAUUUGAUCUUAAGUACUCAACAAGACCACCUCUACCUUUUCCCGGCAGCACCAGUACUACAAAGUUUUGGUCAUGGAGAUUUCAAGCCAAAUUCGAACAAUUACAAUAUCGAUUUGGUUCAUCAUCAUUUUCCAACUCCAAUGCUCCCGCCCCCUUCAAAUACAUCUUCUUCCUUUGACCCAACAUGGCCAUUGCCGCCCUUUGUCCCUCAACAUCUUGAUCAUCAAAACCAAGAAGACGUUCAAAUUUUCAGCAAUGAAGUAGUCCAAAAUUUUGUUAGUGAUAAGCUUAUCAAUCCAACCACUGCAGUAACUCCUUAUGACCAACCGUUAAUGGCCCCAACCGUGCCCAAACUCUGUGAAAUCCUUGAAGGAAACAUCUGCAGCUUGCCACAAGCAUCUGUUUCACUAGAAAAUAUCGAUCCAGUUUCCAGACUUUCAUCGUCAUGUUUUCCGUCAGCUGGUUCAACCUACCCACAUGACAUGCACGUGCCAACAAGCCAGAUGGAGUACAUGGAUACCAUCAUCACGUCGCAGCUGCCAUCAUCUUCAUCAUCGUCAUCCUUAUCAGCAUUAUCCAGCGGACAAUAUGUUACAAACCCUAAUCUUGCUUCAAGCAGCUGGGACCCCUAGGCAUGGCGGAUCACAUCUUACAUUAUGUUGGGUUGGAUUUAGCGAGGUGGGGACAUAUAAAACAAUGGAAAAUUCAUAUUCAUACAUUUUAUGUAUGAUUAAUAGAAAGUUGUAGCAAGGUGACGGCACUAAAGAUUAAUGUGCAGACCAACAUAUUUAGUAGCUGGUAAUGAUAUAGGGUCUUAUGAGAGAUUUCCAUAAUUUCCGUCGGAAGUUUCCGAAGCUAUUUUAAUUUUCAUAUAUGCACUUUAAUUUGGGAUUGGGAUGGGACAGCAUGAAGGAUUAAGUUGGAAGACGAACAAGUUACAUGAAUCAGACAAAAAUAUUACUACCUAGAAUUAUAUCCUACUUUAAGUACCGUACUGCAUGACUCUGAUAUAAAUA